AUGGCUCUUCAAGUUCUCUCCUCGCCUUUCCUUGUCUCUACAACCCUCCUCUCCCCUUUUCAUUCAUCAAAAAAUUCUAUUACCAUUUGUACCAUUAAAUCUACUCGUUCUGUUGCAAAUGCCAUAACUGUCGAUGAUCAUAUGAUUGCUAGACGAUCAGCAAAUUACCUCCAAAGUGUCUGGGACUAUGAUUUUGUUCAGUCACUUACCAGCGAUUACAAUGAAGAGAAAUAUGUGAUGCAGGCUGAUAAGCUGAAAGAUAAUGUGAAGUGUCUUAUUAAUGAGGUGACGGACCCAUUGGCUAAGCUUGAGUUGAUCGACGCUAUUCAAAGACUGGGAUUAAAGUAUCUAUUUGAGACCGAGAUAAAAAAUGCACUGCGUAUUGUCUACAAAGAGAGUAAUAUUUCAUGGUUAAGUGAUGAUCUAUAUGCAAUAGCCCUCCGGUUUAGGCUCCUUAGGCAACAUGGUUAUAAUGUACCCCAAGGUGUGUUUGAAAGAUUUCGGGACGAGACAGGUAAUUUCAAGACAAGCCUUUUUGAAGAUGUCGAGGGGCUGUUGAAUUUGUAUGAAGCUUCUUUCUUUGGUCUGGAAGCUGAAAAUAUUAUUGAUCAAGCCAAGGUUUUUACGACGACACAUUUGAAAGCUAUCAUCGGAGAUAUACCACCAAGCUUGGCCAGAAAAGUAGGUCAAGCUUUGAAUAUGCCUUUGCAUUGGAGAAUGGCAAGAGUGGAAGCUAGAUGGUUCAUCGAUACCUAUGAGCAAGAUCAAAACAUGAACCCUACUUUGUUACAAUUGGCUAAGUUAGAGUACAACAUAGUGCAAGCCGUUCAUCAGAAAGAGGUUAGCAAGUUAGCAAGCUGGUGGGUGGAUAUGGGCUUAAACAAAAUCAGCUUUGCCAGAGACAGGCUUGUAGAACACUACUUUUGGUGCAAUGGUAUUGUAUUUGAAUCACAGUAUGGACCCUUUCGACAGAUGGCAACGAAGAUAAUAUGUUUGAUUACUACUAUAGAUGAUGUAUAUGAUCUCUAUGGCUCACUGGAAGAAAUUGAACUUUUUACCGAUUUUGUUGACAGAUGGGAUAUUAAUGAAAUUGACAAGCUUCCUCGGAACAUAAAGACAUGUCUUCUUGCCAUGUACAAUACUAGCAAUGAGAUUGGGUAUUGGACACUAAAAGAGCGAGACUUCAACAUCAUCCCGUACCUAAGCAAAGCGUGGGCAGAUCUCUGUAAAGCAUACUUUAAGGAAGCAAGGUGGUAUCAUAGCGGAUAUAGGCCAACCUUGGAAGAGUAUCUUGACAAUGCAGUGGUUUCCAUUGCUGCACCACUCAUGUUAAUCUGCAGUUACUUCUUAACCACAGAUAAAAUUACCAAGGAAGUAUUGGACGACAUAGACAAGCUUCCGAGUAUCAUGCGAUGCAGUUCAAUGCUUCUCCGACUCACCGACGAUUUGGGAACGUCGUCUGAUGAGUUGGCCAGAGGAGACAACCCCAAGGCAAUCCAAUGUUAUAUGAAUGACACUGGUGCAUCCGAAGAAGUUGCUCGUGAAUACAUAAACAGUUUAGUCCAUGAAACAUGGAAGGCUUUGAAUGGGGAAAUGCUCAAAAGCUAUCCUUUUUCUGAACCAUUUAUAAGUGCCAAUGCAAAUCUAGGCCGUACAGCUCAAUGCUUUUACCAACAUGGAGAUGGUCAUGGUGUGCCAGUACCUUGGACUAAAGAUCGUCUGAUUUCCUUAUUGGUCGAACCGAUUCCUUUAAACUAG